CCUUGGCUUGAACACCGCAAACUCAAAUAACGGCAAGAGCGUGACAACACCAGCACGUUGUCGAAGCGUUUUUACACAAUUCUCUGCCAUGCAGCUUGGUACUUAAUGAAAGACUGUGCGCAUAGACUGCUCCUGUUGCCUUCUCUUGUUAGUUUUCCUUUGGUUUCCAAGACACAGCAUUUUAUUUGUUUGACAGCGCAUCCUUGACCAGUUUGGAAUCGAACCCACGGUUGAGAGAUGGAAAAGGAAAAUAAACACGAAUCGUCACAUCAGUACGGCUCUCUGGAAUGCACUAAAUGGAAUACAGACAAUUCCAAAACAGAAGAGGACAUCGUCUCCAUGGCAGACUCCACCAUCACCAUAGAUGACAUCGAGGGAGAGCUGUUCAAGAUUGACAGGAUUCGAGAUGUGCUGGUCAGAAGAGAGUCAGAACUCAGAUACAUGAUGGAUGACAUUCAGCUGUGUAAGGAAAUCACUCGCCUCAAGAAGGAGCUCCAGAAACUGGUGUCCAUACCAGACAAUGACAAGUCCAACGAGGACAGACAGAAAGAGGAGGAUCUUCUCCAGCAGAUCCACAAGCUGGUGGAGACCAGAGAUUUCCUUGUUGACGAUGUGGAGUUUGAGAGGCUAAGGGAAAGGGAGGAGGACAAAGAAAUGGCUGAUUUCCUCCAGUCCAAGUUCCCCAGAAACUCCAAGAAGAAAGGUCAGAUUCCAGCCAGACGGCUAACGUCCAGGGCCCAGCAGACCUCGUCACCCUUCACCAAGACAGGCCUGUCCCUGCUGAAGGAGUGCUGUGGCUUCACCUGCUCCAUCAUGUAGGCCGGGCCCUCAGGGGCUCUACCAUGGAGCCAAAAUAGAACCCUGUUGCAUCACAGUUUCAGCUUUCCAACCCGGGUAACACUUGAAGUACGGACAGACAACGAGCCAGUGGAGAAUGUUCAAGGAUAGGUUGGGGAUGUCGCCAGGAUAAGAUUGGUGGUGUUUUAUCUCCCAGUCUAUGCUGCAUCCCGUCUGGGCUGUGUUUCUGUUUCACUCCUUUGUUUCUCUCUCUCUCCCUGUCUCUAUACCUGUCCAACCCUCCUCUCCAUCCCUCACUCAUUUCCCCCCCUCGCUCUUUCUCUCCCUCUUUUGACGAGGUCUCUGGAGCCUGAUGUCUCACUCGCUUCAUCUCUAUCUUUUUAUCUCUCUCUGUCUCUCUCUCUCUGUCUCUCUCUCUCUCUCUCUCUCUCUCUCUCUCUCUCUCUCUCUCCGUCUCUCUCUCUCUCUCUCUCUCGCUCUCUCUCUCUCUCUCUCUCUCUCUCUCUCUGUCUCUGUCUCUGUCUCUCUCUCUCUCUGUCUCUGUCUCUCUCUAUCUAUCUAUCUAUCUAUCUCUCUAUCUAUCUAUCUAUCUAUCUAUCUAUCUAUCUAUCUAUCUAUCUAUCUAUCUAUCUAUCUAUCUAUCUCUCCAUCAUUAGGGCUCCAGUCUUAUCUGCACUUCUAGUUGGGUUCUAUACCCAGUGUCCCCUCUCUUCAUCAGGCUCAUCCCCCAUGAGGCUGUGCAAUGAUCUUCCGUCGUCUGUAUCAGACUAUUCUCAUUCAUCAUUGUCAGAGUCCCUCCUACUGCCUCUCCCAGCCUCUCAAUGGUGUCACCAAUGCUCUCAGAGCAGUUCAUUCUGGACUAUCUCACUGGCUUUGGUACCUUUAUACCUAGAACCUGUCCCUUCAUGGAGAUUGGAUGUAAACGUAAUUUGCAUGAGUCAGAUAUUGCUAUCAAAUGACGCUGCUUGUCUACCAGUGACAGAUGUUACAUAUUGCUGCCCCGGUGUAGAUGAUUAUUUAUGAUGCAUGUGUAACAGUAUAACUUUAAACCGUCCCCUCGCCCCGACACGGGCGCGAACCAGGGACCCUCUGCACACAUCAACGACGGUCACCCACGAAGCACGGUCGUUACCCAUCGCUCCACAAAGGCCGCGGCCCUUGCAGAGCAAGGGGAAACCCUACUUAAGUCUCAGAGCAAGUGACGUAACUGAUUGAAACGCUACUAGCGCGUACCCGCUAACUAGCUAGCCAUUUCACAUCCGUUACACUCACCCCCCUUUCAACCUCCUCCUUUUCCGCAGCAACCAGUGAUCCGGGUCAACAGCAUCAAUGUAACAGUAUAACUUUAAACCGUCCCCUCGCCCCGACACGGGCGCGAACCAGGGACCCUCUGCACACAUCAACGACGGUCACCCACGAAGCACGGUCGUUACCCAUCGCUCCACAAAGGCCGCGGCCCUUGCAGAGCAAGGGGAAACCCUACUUAAGUCUCAGAGCAAGUGACGUAACUGAUUGAAACGCUACUAGCGCGUACCCGCUAACUAGCUAGCCAUUUCACAUCCGUUACACAUGAGACUAAACCCAACAGUGAAGAUGUGCUGUACAGUAUUUUCUAAUCGGAACAUCAUACAUACAUCUCUUUAAGCCCUGUUUAGCCUCCCUAACUCUUUUACAUUUCAAAUGACUGUAGUUGCCUUUGAAUAGACUUCCCACUGGCUCACUAAUUCAUAGUCAGCUUUAAUUGAUGGCAGCCUAAUCAUGCUGUCAGGCCAACGUUAGCCAGACAUGCAACUGAUGGGCUAAUUAACGUUUCGUGAUAAGAUUAUGGUUUGAUGAUAACAUGACACUAACGUCAGACUUUAAGCAACUCACUAAAAAUAAGUCAUUAGUCACAGACUUGACAACUAUGUCCAAUGAAGAGGCCUUUAGGAGUGACUGAACAUACCGACCAACAGAGCUUAACAGAUGAGUCAUCGCUCGCUUCCUUUCUUCUUGUUGUUGUUGUUAUUCAAUACAUACACUCAGAGUAUAUCUUUUAUGGGACUACAAAAUGACUCGUCCUUCCACAUUGCUGACUUUACACACACUAGAGGUUAGUGUACAGUAUACCAAUCAGCAGAAUUGGUUUCCACCGUAACAGCAGUCAUUUUGAGUGGAACUGCAGCUCACUGCAGCUAACAUUGUUACACUGUAUUACUGACUGUAUGUUAUUACUGACUGCAUGUUAUUACUGACUGCAUGUUAUUACUGACUGCAUGUUAUUACUGACUGCAUGUUAUUACUGACUGUAUGUUAUUACUGACUGCAUGUUAUUACUGACUGCAUGUUAUUACUGACUGCAUGUUAUUACUGACUGCAUGUUAUUACUGACUGCAUGUUAUUACUGACUGCAUGUUAUUACUGACUGCAUGUUAUUACUGACUGCAUGUUAUUACUGACUGCAUGUUAUUACUGACUGCAUGUUAUUACUGACUGCAUGUUAUUACUGACUGCAUGUUAAACUGUAUAGGCCUCCAUGGAGAUGAUAACUUUUCAGCCCGAGACUCCACUUGUGUCUUUCCUGUAUAACACAGUGGGUACGUAAUAGGGCACUUAGUAGGGCACUCCAGUGUGUGAUGGUGAUGACAAGUGUCCAGGACGAGUUAACUAAGCACCCAGAAUUGGAGUCGUGAGCGUACACUCCACACACAGGGAUCAAGGGCUCUUCAUCGCAGAGAGCUGUCGCCCUAGAAACCACGGCGUAGGUAGUCCGAACGUACUGUAUACAAUGAGAAAAAAGAGCUGCAUUACACACACGCUGGUUUCUGUUGGGUGUGUUUUUGAUUUAUUCUCUGAAAUCAGGGUCCCUCUGAAGUCUCCUCUGAAAUCAGGAUUACUCUGAAGUCUCCUCUGAAAUCAGGGUUCCUCUGAAGUCUCCUCUGAAAUCAGGGUUCCUCUGAAGUCUCCUCUGAAAUCAGGGUUCCUCUGAAGUCUCCUCUGAAAUCAGGAUUACUCCGAAGUCUCCUCUGAAAUCAGGGUUCCUCUGAAGUCUCCUCUGAAAUCAGGAUUACUCUGAAGUCUCCUCUGAAAUCAGGAUUACUCUGAAGUCUCCUUUGAAAUCAGGAUUACUCUGAAGUCUCCUCUGAAAUCAGGAUUACUCUGAAGUCUCCUCUGAAAUUAGGGUUCCUCUGAAGUCUCCUCUGAAAUCAGGGUUCCUCUGAAGUAUCCUCUGAAAUCAGGAUUACUCUGAAGUCUCCUCUGAAAUCAGGAUUACUCUGAAGUCUCCUCUGAAAUCAGGGUUCCUCUGAAGUCUCCUCUGAAAUCAGGGUUCCUCUGAAGUCUCCUCUGAAAUCAGGGUUCCUCUGAAGUCUCCUCUGAAAUCAGGAUUACUCUGAAGUCUCCUCUGAAAUCAGGGUUCCUCUGAAGUCUCCUCUGAAAUCAGGGUUCCUCUGAAGUCUCCUCUGAAAUCAGGGUUCCUCUGAAGUCUCCUCUGAAAUCAAGGGACUUAACCUUUUCUUUUCUAUGACAUGCUAUUGAGCGUUGGUACCGCCACCACACCUCAAUUAUAAAACACAAUUUCAUCAUGCACCAUUUUCCACGCUCAUCCCUUAUUCCCAUAUAGAACAAGGUGGUCAUUUUGUGUUAGUGACGGGAGGGAAGGAGAGGGGUAGUCUGGCUGACACGACCCACAUGACUAUACCAAAUCAAAUCAAAUGUAUUUAUAUAGCCCUUCUUACAUCAGCUGAUAUCUCAAAGUGCUGUACAGAAACCCAGCCUAAAACCCCAAACAGCAAGCAAUGCAGGUGUAGAAGCACGGUGGCUAGGAAAAACUCCCUAGAAAGGCCAAAACCUAGGAAGAAACCUAGAGAGGAACCAGGCUAUGAGGGGUGGCCAGUCCUCUUCCGGGUAUGCCGUGUGGAGAUUGUAACAGAACAUGGCCAAGAUGUUCAAAUGUUCAUAAAUGACCAGCAUGGUCAAAUAAUAAUAAUCACAGUAGUUGUCGAGGGUGCAACAAGUCAGCACCUCAGGAGUAAAUGUUAGUUGGCUUUUCAUAGCCGAUCAUUAAGAGUAUCUCUACCGCUCCUGCUGUCUCUAGAGAGUUGAAAACAGCAGGUCUGGGACAGGUAGAACGUCCGGUGAACAGGUCAGGGUUCCAUAGCCGCAGGCAGAACAGUUGAAACUGGAGCAGCAGCACGGCCAGGUGGACUGGGGACAGCAAGGAGUCAUCAUGCCAGGUAGUCCUGAGACAUGGUCCUAGGGCUCAGGUCCUCCGAGAAAGAGAGAAAGAGAGAAUUAGAGAGAGCAUACUUAAAUUCACACAGGACACCAGAUAAGACAGGAGAAGUACUCCAGAUAUAACAGACUGACCGUAGCCCCCGACACAUAAACUACUGCAGCAUAAAUACUGGAGGCUGAGACAGGAGGGGAGGGGUCAGGAGACACUGUGGCCCCAUCUGAUGAUACCCCCGGACGGGGCCAAACAGGCAGGAUAUAACCCCACACACUUUGCCAAAGCACAGCCCCCACACCACUAGAGGGAUACCUUCAACCACCAACUUACCAUCCUGAGACAAGGCCGAGUAUAGCCCACAAAGAUCUCCGCCACUGCCCAACCCAAGGGGGGGCGCCAACCCAGACAGGAAGAUCACGUCAGACUAUGUACUGAAGAGCUGUGACCCACUUCGAGGACUUCGAAAGCUGGUGUCAGCCAGACCAAGAGAGAUGGAGGAGAGGAAGGAUAAGCUAGUGUGAGUCAUCAGUAGUAGAGAGAGGAGAGAGCUCCGACAAAGUUCCUGUUGUUGUCGCGAGUGUCCUUGGUGAGCUGCCAGAAAGGUUUGUUUUGUCAAUCAAACAAGCAGCAAGCAUAAUCCGGUGACCCUCACGCUCUAUCUCUGCACCUCACAACGCUUUCCUCUGAACGUGGGACACAGGGGAAGUGACACGCGGGUGACAUGUAACUGUCAUCACAAGGUUGUUGCUAUGACCACCCGAAUCUGUCAACCUCAACUCAAUACUUCUGCAUUGCUCUCCCACCUAAUCCGAAUCUGUCAAGCCAGUAUAUUCACAUAACAGUGCCCUCCAGAGGCAUCAUGCCCAUUGAAACUGAGGGACAUGUAACCCCUUAAUAUCAUCAGUUUGUAGGAUGAAAUUGGAAAAAAACACAAUAGUAGUGUUUGAGAGGAUGUUGCACACUUUAAGCAAGUUGAUGUUGAUGGGAGGAUGAGUGUAGCCCAAAGGGUUUAUCUCACUUGAAGAUUCCAGAAUGCACUCUAGUUCGUCUCUCCUUUGUAUUGCUGUGUGUGUGUGUGUGUGUGUGUGUGUGUGUGUGUGUGUGUGUGUGUGUGUGUGUGUGUGUGUGUGUGUGCGUGCGUGCGUGCGUGCGUGCGUGCGUGCGUGCGUGCGUGUGUUUGUGCUCGGGUCCUACUUUAAAGUGCGAUAAGAUGGAGACAAUUCAAUUAUCUUUUAUUACUCCUCCUCCACACAUACCUCUCUUCUGUCACUUCCUCUCCAUCCCUCACUUAUUUCCCCCCCUCCCUCUUUCUCUCCCUCUUUUGACGAGGUCUCUGGAGCCUGAUGUCUCACUCGCUUCAUCUCUCUCUCUUUAUCUCUCUCUGUCUCUCUCUCUCUGUCUCUCCUGUCUCUCUCUCUCUCUCCUGUCUCUCUCUCUCUCUGUCUCUCUCUCUGUCUCUCUCUCUCUCUGUCUCUCUCUGUCUCUCUCUCUCUCUCUGUCUCUCUCUCUCUCUCUCUCUCCCUGUCUCUCUCUCUCUCUCUCUCUCUCUCUUUCUCUGUCUCUCUCUCUCUCUGUCUAUCUCUCUAUCUGUCUCUCUCUCUCUCUCUCUCUGUCUCUCUCUGUCUCUCUCUCUCUCUCUGUCUCUCUCUCUCUCUCUCCCUGUCUCUCUCUCUGUCUCUCUCUCUCUCUCUCUUUCUCUGUCUCUCUGUCUCUCUGUCUAUCUCUCUAUCUGUCUCUCUCUCUCUCUCUGUCUCUCUCUCUCUGUCUCUCUCUCUCUCUCUCUCUGUCUCUCUCUGUCUCUCUCCUGUCUCUCUCUCUCCUGUCUCUCUCUCUCUCUCUCUCUCUCUCUGUCUCUCUCUGUCUCUCUCUCUCUCUCUCUCUCUCUCUCUCUCUCUGUCUCUCUCUCUCUCUCUCUCUCCCUGUCUCUCUCUCUGUCUCUCUCUCUCUCUCUUUCUCUGUCUCUCUCUCUCUCUGUCUAUCUCUCUAUCUGUCUCUCUCUCUCUGUCUCUCUCUCUCUCUCUCUCUCUCUCUCUGUCUCUCUCUGUCUCUGUGUCUCUAUCUCUGUCUCUCUCUCUCCUGUCUCUCUCUCUCUGUCUCUCUCUCCUGUCUCUCUCUCUCUCUCUCUCCUGUCUCUCUUUCUGGGUGUUAGGGAGCAGGAUGUGUCUACUGCUGUGUUGCUGUCAGCUUAGCUCCAUGGUCCACAGUCAUACGGCCUCUCAUGACCUGUCAACCAAAACAGUGUUGUGCUUUGUUUUUUCUUGUUUCGGGGAAUUUGUAUGUGUGGAUAAUGUAUUAUCAGGACAUUGGCUAUUUCAUAGAGUGGAGAAACCAGUAAAAGUGAGUAUUUUUGUAUUUGACAGACGUGUUGUUGUUGGAAAGGUUUCAUUAUUCUGUGUUCAUUGAUUGUACAGUAUGUUUUUAUUAGUGUGUAUAUCCUGAGAAUAGUGUGUAAAGUCACUGCUUCAGCAGCUGUAUUUGUUACUGCAUGCAUAUUGUAGCAAUUUUGAAUUGAAUCGUGUAGCUUACUAUAUUUAUGUAUAUUGAAUGUCCAGUCAUUCAACAUCUUUGCUUCACUGAAAUAUGUGUCGUAACAGGGUUCUAAUUCAAUUUCCAAAGACCCUAAGUGGAACAGGACAAAGCGUAACUGUCAGAUAAUAUAUUAAAAGAUUGUGUAUGUAUAAUCUGUGCCAAAUAUUUGGGAAUUGUAUGAAAUUGUGUAGCAUAAUAACACAAGCUAUGGAUUUAAAUACUGUAUAUUGAAAAAUAAAUAUUGAGAAUAAAAUGGUAAUAAGAAAUUG